AUGAGUGAUUUGCAAGAUCGUGAACCCAGUAUCAUCAUCAAUGGGAAUUUGGAACCCGAAGUAGAGGCUGAAUUCGAGGAGGACCACAUCGGGGAGGAAGUUGACCAAGUCGAAGACGAGAAACCAAAGAAAAAGGUUACGUUUGGAGGUCUCGAAGAGGCAGACGAUGAAGAGAAGAGAAAGAGAGAGUUUGAAGAAGGCGGUGGUUUGCCAGAACAGCCAGAAAACCCGGAUUUCUCUAAAUUAAACCCAUGUUCGCCGGAGAUUAUCAACAGACAGGCGACUGUAAAUAUUGGCACGAUCGGUCAUGUCGCACACGGUAAGUCGACCGUAGUGAGAGCUAUCUCAGGUGUUCAAACAGUUCGUUUCAAGGAUGAAUUAGAACGUAACAUUACGAUCAAGCUAGGUUACGCUAAUGCCAAGAUUUACAAAUGUCAGGAUCCAACGUGUCCUGAGCCUGAUUGUUAUAGAUCUUUCAAAUCUGAUAAAGAGAUUAAUCCAAAGUGUCAAAGGCCGGGCUGUGCAGGUCGCUAUAAGUUGAUCCGUCAUGUUUCCUUUGUGGAUUGUCCAGGUCACGAUAUUCUGAUGAGUACGAUGUUGUCAGGUGCAGCCGUCAUGGACGCCGCAUUGCUGCUCAUCGCUGGUAAUGAGUCAUGUCCUCAACCUCAAACUUCAGAGCAUUUGGCCGCUAUCGAAAUUAUGAAACUGAAAAAUGUCAUUAUACUGCAGAACAAAGUUGAUUUGAUGCGUGAAGAGAGCGCUUUAGAACAUGAAAAGUCCAUCUUGAAAUUCAUUAGAGGUACAAUCGCAGACGGUGCACCUAUAGUCCCCAUCUCUGCUCAACUGAAGUAUAACAUCGAUGCAGUGAACGAGUUUAUUGCUAAGACGAUCCCCGUGCCACCAAGAGACUUUAUGAUCUCUCCGCGCUUGAUUGUCAUUCGUUCUUUCGAUGUCAACAAACCUGGUGCUGAAAUCGAUGAUCUAAAAGGUGGUGUCGCCGGUGGGUCCAUCUUGAACGGUGUUUUCAAAUUAGGUGAUGAGAUCGAAAUAAGACCUGGUAUCGUUACGAAGGAUGAAAGGGGUAAAAUUCAAUGUAGGCCAAUCUUCUCUAAUAUCGUAUCUCUAUUUGCCGAACAAAAUGAUCUAAAAUUCGCAGUUCCCGGUGGUCUGAUUGGUGUUGGUACUAAAGUUGAUCCAACACUAUGUAGAGCUGACCGUUUGGUUGGUCAAGUCGUUGGUGCUAAGGGCCAUUUGCCAAACAUUUACACUGACAUCGAGAUAAACUACUUCUUGCUGCGUCGUUUGCUGGGUGUUAAGACUGACGGACAAAAGCAAGCUAAGGUUAGAAAGCUUGAACCCAAUGAAGUUCUAAUGGUAAAUAUCGGUUCAACAGCUACCGGUGCCCGUGUGGUGGCCGUUAAGGCUGAUAUGGCAAGAUUGCAAUUGACAUCACCCGCAUGCACAGAAGUUAACGAAAAGAUUGCUUUGUCAAGGCGUAUCGAAAAGCACUGGCGUCUAAUUGGCUGGGCGACUAUCAAGAGAGGUACCACGCUCGAGCCAGUCUUUUGA